CGUCGGUCGCGUUCCGGCUCGCCCUCGUCUACCUCCCCAAUAACCUCCGCCUGUCCACCCGCCCCGAAGUGCCGGUUAUGCAAUUACUUUUGGCGCUUUGCUGGAAUGAUGGUGGCGACGGACGACUUCGUGGAGGCGGACAACGCGGAGGCCAUCAUCUCCAGGAUCAAGCACAAGUCCCGCAAUAUCGAGAGCUUGCUCAAGCAGUCGAAGCCGGUGGAGGCUCUCAAGACCGACGUUGAAGGAUCGCCUCCGAACACGCGGGACGAGCGAUGCAAGUCGGCGAACUGGAUAGUGGUGCACAGAGCGAUAAUGGCGAUAAAGGAUCUGGACGCCCUGUUCUCUUCCUUGGAUCCCGAGUACUACGACAUCCUCAUGAAGAACAAACCUUGUUAAACUAUGCAAGGCAGUCAAGUUAGAGUGUAUAGGGAUUCCUAUCCCCAAAGAAAAGCCCUUUUAGAGGCUAUGCUCAAACUAAGC